UUAUUGAUGUAAACAUACACUUGGUCACUUUUGUAAAUAUGAUGCACUGCUUUAGUUCACUACGCCACACCGUACAUUUAAGUACAGAAGUAGAUUAAAGAUGUGAUACAGAUAUGAUUGAUAUAUUAAAACCAAAGACCAGUGCUUGUAAUGAGACCUACAAAUAUAGUAACAACACUAAGCUCAUUUACAUUUUUAUUCAAGAAAUACUUUUGUCCCCAGUUUUUGGAUUCUCAAAUGUCCUUCUUGUGUAUCACACAUAAAUUGGCUAUAUGACCAUAAUUGGAUUCGCACAGCCAUGUUACAGGGUGUUGUAUCAGCCAACAGAUUCUGAAGGACCCCCAGGACAUGUCCUCUGUAAGAGAGACUGGACAUGUUAAUCAAUUCAGUAGCUGUAGGUUUUUAGACAUUGAUUUGAUGUUGUACUGUUGUUCUUUUAUUAUUAAUAAUAGCAACUGAUUUUGAUUUUUUUUUUUUUCACUUUUAAAAUCCUUAUACGUCUUUGACCCACAUGCACCUUGGUUCGUUGCGAUGCAGUUUGUAAUGGAAAACAAAGCUUUAACAGAUUUGACCGUUUCUGCACAUACGUUACAUGAUAAUAGACUAACUCGACAGUUAGCAUACAGCAAUAGCGACAAGAAACAGAUGUAGGCUACAGGCAAACUUUCCACAACGUCUUUUCUUCUUUCUUUUGUUUUUUUUUUUCCUUAAAUCUCCUUUCAACUAACCGAGUGCAAUUUAAACUAUUAGCUUUCUGAAAUGUUCUGCAAUAUUUCCAUACCUGAGAAAUAGAGCAGCUCUGAUGAAGAAGGUUGGAUGAGAAGUCUCUGCACAAACUGAGCGGGAAGUGGAAAGCUGAAGAAAAAAAAAAAGAAAAAAAAACAUCAAUCGCCGAGUCCGACGGGUCAUCAGCGUAUUGAUUGGCCCGUUCUCCAAAAUACCACCAGAGUUCCACUGCGCAUGUACGAGCAGACCAGGUGCAGGAGGCUCCUUGAUGGGCCAUUAAUUAAGACUGGCUGCUGCUGUCAUGGGCAUGUGUGGGGCACAACAGUAUGCGCUUCUCGACUCUGUCAGGUCUACUUACUACUUAACUAAAAUGUGACUGACGUGACUUUUAUUAAACCAAAUAAAUUAUAUUACAGUACACUACAAACAUCUCUAUAACGUUUUUCAGUAGCUGAGUGCAGGUUACGCUUUUAUUUUAUUUGUUACCUAAGGAAUAAAUUCCAAUAUUGGCAACAAGACAAUUUCACAAUUAUUUUUUUUGCCAUAACCACGUGUACAUUUUACAGUUAAAGUAUGCAAGAAUUGCAAAUAUCAACUACUAUCAACUACUACAGAAAUGUGCAGCGUAUUUCUGUUAUCACAACGAGAGUGUGCAAAUUUACAACAGUCUUUACAAGAAUUAAACAGAAAAAUUACAGUACUGACUAUUCAAAUCCUUGCAGCAUAUUUCUGCAACUGCCACAAAAGUAUGCUGUUGUAAAGUUUAGAAGAAUUAAAUGCAAAAAUUACGGUAUACACUGCUAGAAAAAUUAGAGUAUAUUUUUGUAAUUUCCUCAACUGUAUGCACAUUAACAGUUACAAACUGUAUUCUUUAGGAAAAAUAAGUGUUCUGUUUGGCCAGAGUUCUGAUGAAUUUUGCUGCCUUGUCAAAUUUUGCUACUGCUGCUUUUUCUUAUCCAGCAUCUAACUCUAACCACAACCACCGAGUAGCAUUUUUCCACAGGUAGCAGAAAAUGACGCCUGCACCUGCAGUGUUGGUGUGGUAUGCUGGCGUGAUGCAUUCAGGUAACAGAGGAACUGUCCGGUGAUUGUGCUUGAUGACGUUGUUUCUCUGUCACUUUCUGUCCGCCUUAAAAAUUCAGAAAUGCUGCCCAAACUAUUUAAUUGGGGACUAGUGCGAGGAUGUGGUCUGUUAAACAAGGUCGACUUUAGUGUUUUAUGAUGCGCUGACUCCAACCCAUGUGCUUGAGCAUGAUAUUGGUGUUGGUAUUCCAUGUUUUAACAUGUUUACAGAAUAAACCCUGAUAAAUGUGCUGAGCAACAAGUCGAUUACAUGUUGGAGAACGGAACUACGGAGUCAAGCUCCAGUGCAUGGAGGUCCUCAUGUCUCCUUUCUGUUAAGUCUGACAGUUCAGAUUUUUGUAUGAACUUCUGUAAAAUCAAUGGCGUCACGAAACACAAUGGUUUUCCUCUGCCUCGUGUCGAUGAUUGCGUUGACCAUGUCGGCAGUGCAAACUAUGUAUCAAAACUUGAUCUUUUAAAGGACUACUGGCUGACACACGGUGCAAAAGAUAUUUCAAUGUUAGUGACGCCUGAUUCUUUCCUACAACAUCAUGUCAUCGGUCAUAAAAUAUAAAUGGGAAAUGAUAGAGAAUGUAGAAUGUGACCUUUGUUGUGAAAGUUCAAGUUCUGACAAGUUCUAACCUGAAGACCACUCUGUCUGGUCCAAAAAGAAUUAGAACGAAGUCAGAGCAACUGUUCUUAUUUCCAUUUUUGUUUGAGAGGUUUUUUUUAAAUGUGAUUUGCUCAGAUUGUCUUUAAUUACUUUGAUUAAGGAGAAGUCUGAUAUUUGGCAGCUUGUUUAAUUCUCACAAAGAGGUAUACCCAUUAUGAAAGCAUAAUUUUCAUACACACAAGUAGACGUCUAAAAGUAUCGAUAUCGGGAUAUUAACCUUGGUAUUACGAUAGUGGUAUCGUACAUCCCUUGUAGCAGGCUUAUGUGCAAGUGUAUCUCAAUAACAUUUGAAGGAAUUAAGACGACAUUUACAGACACUCCAGUGCUGGCUGCACCAAGGAUAAAAAAAAGGACUUAAAAUGCUGGCCAGAUAGAACAAAAGAGAAUGUUAGAACAGGGCCGUAGAACCCCAAGAUCACAACCCGGUCGGCCAGUGUGUAACCAGCCCUUUGAACUUGCUGUAGAUGCCCAUGAUACUGGCUGGUGCUGAUGGGAUUGAGCACCCGGCAACCUAUUUUCUUGCACAUGUUUUGGCUUUAAAGCACUUUGAGGUUUAUGUCGAUUCUUCCAGUCAACCUGCUACUGUUUACACGGAUCAUAAUCCAUUGGUGUUUGUUAAUCACAUGAGAGACAGAAAUCAAACAAUAAUGCGCCUCUUUCACAGACGAUGUGAUCGCGGAUGCUGAACACCUGAGUGCGAUUAGUGCUGAGGUAGGAGGAGGAGACUACAUAAGGAGGAGAGAGGGACAUCAGCUGGCUCUCUCUCCAUCCUUACCUGGCGUAUGCCCGCGACAACGCCAGAGGCCAGAAACAGGUGAACUGCAUCCCAGCGACGUCAUUUUACUACGCCACAGCCACAGAUGAGGACUGAUCACCUAUCAUGAAGGUCAGAAGAAAGGAGGUCAGCACUUCCCUUUGGAAGUAUGGCGCCAUCUUUCUCCUCUUGGCUGUGUCCGUCUCAGUCUUCGUGCUGUGGAACAUGCUGUUUAAGAAAAAAGUGAAGUCCUCCUUCAUCAUCCCAACAUUUUCGUCCGACCCCUACAUGCAACAUGGCUUCUGCACUUUCCAACCUCUGUCCCCUAAGGAGGCUCUCGAGGAAGACCUAAUACUAGAGUCCAUCGCUUGGCCUGAAACUCCCCCUUUGCCAUCUCCUCUGUCCCUAGAAGUUACCAGCGAUCCAGUCCACAGCAGCUUCACUAUUCUCCCAAGGAGUGCUGGGGGACAGUGGCACGUAGGGGAUUCGCUUGAGGUUACGAUCAAAAUGUAUGAUUACCAGGGUCGCCCCAAGAAGUCUGGAGGGGACGUCUUGUUUGCCCGGCUGCACAACGCCGCUCUCGGUGCAGGUGUGGCAGGCCAAGUGGUUGAUCAUCUCAACGGCUGCUAUUCCGCUGUAUUCUCUUUACUCUGGGAAGGACAUGCACAAGUUGAGGUGACACUGGUUCACCCCAGCGAGGCAGUCACGGUGCUGCGCAGGCUAACCGCUGAACAGCCCGACAGAAUUAACUUCGAAAGCCUGUUCCGCUCAAGCCUGGUAACUGAAACUGCCACCUGUAACGUAUGUCUGCGUCCAACCCAGCAGCCACUGUGCAACUACACCAACCUCCACACCGGUGAUCCAUGGUUCUGCUACAAGCCAAAGAAGCUCAGCUGCGAUGACAGAAUCAUCCACUCCCAUGGAAAAUUCAAUCAAAACCUAAAGACCAACGAGGAGAUGCUCUUUCAAGAUGGUGUCAACAUGAAAGUCUCCAUUCGAGCUUCAGGACCUGCCAAUAUUACUGUGUUCCAAAAAAACAAAGAUCAACCUGAAGUGAAGAGCCUCAAAGUCAAGUCUGGGCCCUCUGGCUACUGCUACCAGCAUGUGUGGCGAGCACUAGGUGGCACCACAGUUCACCACUUCAACACGUCGUCAGCCAUCAGUCAGUGUCUGGAGGGAAGGAAUGUCCACCUGUAUGGAGACUCCACCAUCAGGCAGUGGUUUGAGCACCUCAUUGAAGCACUACCAGAUCUAGAGCAGUUAGACCUGCACAGCCAGGACCAAGCUGGUCCUUUCUUGGCCCUGGACUAUGCAAAAAACAUUAUGGUGACGUACCGGUGUCAUGGUCCUCCUAUUCGUUUUGGCAACGUCCCAACCAGGGAGCUGCGUUAUAUCGCCAAUGAACUGGAUGGUAUACCUGGAGGCCCCAACACUGUCAUAGUUAUUGGAAUCUGGUCACACUUCAGCACUUUCCCUGUAGAAAUCUAUAUCCGGCGGCUGCAGAGCAUCCGUGGGGCGGUGAUGCGGCUGCUGGCCAGGGCUCCAGGCACGCUGGUGGUGAUCAGGGCUGCAAACCCCAAAGCUUUGACGCUCUACGAGACGCUGACCAACAGCGACUGGUACUCGUUGCAACGUGACAAGGUGCUCAGAGCCGUGUUCAAAGGAUUGAAUAUUCAUCUGGUGGAUGCCUGGGAGAUGGGAUUGGCCCACCACCUGCCACACAGCCUCCAUCCACAACCUCCCAUUAUCAAGAACAUGAUUGAUGUUCUCUUGUCCUAUAUAUGCCCUCAACUGCACUAAAGGUAUGCUAGGUUUAGGUAUUAACCAUGACUACUACCAAAUGACCAAGUUUGGUACAUUCCAGGAGAUGCACGUGUAACCCAGAUGUAAAACAUCAUAAGACGAGAGAGAGAAGAGAGGGUGAUUAUUUUAUUAGUUUAUUUGCCCCUAUCCAAAGUUUAAAAAUUGUAAUUGCAACUGAAUGCACCGCCCUUCUUCCCAGCCAGUCAGGCGUAACGCAGGCCACGUCCAGCUCGUGCGAUGACGUGCGUCGUUUUCCCGGUCAAACUUUAGUCUCAGCCACAGAGUGAGGGCAGCCAUCAGCUUCGACAGAGACAGAGAAAGAAAAAGAGAGGAAUAAGAAUAUUCCUGAAAAAAAGAACAACAACAACAAAAAAGCCGGUACACUUACCCGCUGGAAGUCCGGAGUGAGCAAUUACCCAAAAGAGACGAGUCACGUCGGUAAGACAAGUUGAUUGUCUGGAAAUAAAAGCACUUACCGUCGUCAUCCAUGCUAAUGCUAGCUCUGUGGCUAACAGGCUAACUACCUACCUUCCAUUGGGAGAGCCGCUCGGUUCUAACAUCAGGUAUUGGGCUUUGACAAACAUAGCAACGGUGAGAAACGUUAGCUGCUAAAAUUAUAUUUCUCUGUAGCACCUCAGCGCUGAACGAGAACAGUGGAUAUAUUAAAGGUUAAUUUAAUUUAAAGGGAAAGAAAUUUGGUAAAUCAUAUGAUGAGGGUAACAUAUUUUAUUUUGUUAUGUGCAAACUACUGAAAGAAUUUAUUUAAUUUCAACUGUGACUUUAAAAUUACUUAGAGGGUAAUUUUUGGUGCAUGUUCUCUGACAUGAAUAGGCCUAUAAGUGUUUGGAGUAAUUAAGCAUACUUCUUUUGAUAACUCUAAGACAACUUCUACUUUUCCAUUUCCAUGUUUCCAUCUCAUUUGCACAUGAUUUUGUUAUAGUUAUGAUUUAUACUGAAUGUAAAUGGUUACUUACCGUGAAUAUUGUUGAGAUACUGUUCACAGAAACAGCUAGAUAUUUAAGCACUUAAAUGAUUAGUGCAUUUGAUGAAUGUUGUACAACUAAAAAAAACAAACAAACAAAGAAUUAAAGUUUGAGAUCUGUUGAGAUUUAAGAUUAACAUAUGAGGUUAAAACAAUAUGUUGAUUUUUGUCAUUUAAAGAAUCUAAUGUAAAUUAUAUGACCUUGUAGGGGUGGGCGGUAUGACGAUAUUAAAUCGUGAACGAUUACAACGUGAAGACGAUCUGUCAAAUUGCAGAGAUCGUGAGAUCGUCGAGGGCACAUUCUAUAAAUUGCAGUUCUAUGCUGAUGCACCGUCGCACCAGACGUAUUACGUCGUCAACCUGACCGACCAGUCAUAGCGAAUUAUGAGUAGUUGCGCGCUUUCUUACCUGCCUCCUUGUUCAUGUGUGUAGCGGCAGCCAUGGAGAGCCAUGGCUGAAAAAAAAAAUCCACUUCCAUUAUAUGGAACUGGUUCGGAUUUUCCUCAACUGAUGAAGCACAGGCAAAUGUUUUGUGCAAAGUUUGCACAGAACAUGUUCGCACGUAGGGUGGCAACACGACAAACCUGUUCAAUCAUUUGAAGAGGAAGCAUCCUAAAGAAUAUGCUGACAGCCAAACAGCGAGGGGUCCGAUGGCACCGACACCGCAGGCGGAGGCAGCAGUUAGUGUAAGACCAAAACAAUCAACAUUAACACAGGCAUUUAACAAAGGCACUCCGUAUGACAAGUCAAGCAAGCGAUGGAAAGAGGUAACAGAAGCAGUUACCUUUUAUCUUGCAAAAGAUAAGAUAUGGUAAGACAGCAGAAAACGAGGUAGUUGACCCGCGGUACGAGCUGCCCAGACGAAAACACUUCUCCAACACUGCCAUGCCACGUCUCUUCUCUGAAUGCUGAGAAAAUAUUGUCUGUUUUUCAUUUUUCAAUUUAAGAUCGUGAUAAAAUCGAAAUCGCGAUUUUAUUUUUAAAAAAUCGUGAUAUGAUAUUUUUGCCAUAUCGCCACCCCUAUGACCUUCCGUAUAGGUCAGGUUUUUUGAGAGGGCGGAGAGAAUCCGAGGGACCAGGACCACAUUCUAGUUGUGACAGAUGGCGAGCCAACUACUUUGAGGAAGAACCACCACAAAGGAGAUACACACAUACACACUCACACCAUACAUUCACAUUACACCCCAUUGGACUUUUAAAAUCAGGUGCACCUGCAACAACUUUUAUUUCUAAGGGCCAUAACGGACACUUUUACUUUAUUUAUUGUGUGCAUACUUAUUCUUUUAUUUUGGGUAAUUUGGGUCUUUAUUUCAUGAUUCUGUACAAAUUGAAUGUUUUUUCUUCUUGACUGUUAAAAAAUACACGAGUGGCUACUUAA